AUGGAUUUCUUCAAGUCCGUCUUCUCCGACGACCCGCUUCCCUCCGACGAUUCACACUCGGACACCCAAAACGACGACGACCCGAACCCGGUGCCGGAAUCGGACCACAGCCCGCCUCCGAAUUCUGGUACCGGGGCGUGGAGUUUCGGAGGUCUGAUCACGACUUUGGCCGCGAAAUCUGAGUCCGUUAUCCAGAACUAUCGUCGCGAUUUCGAGGAGUUCGGGUCUGGGUUGAAGGAGGAGACGGCGGUGAUCCGGCAGGUGGCUUCACGCGCCGUCAAGGACCUUCCGGCUUCUCUCGAGGUCGGUGCGUCGGUGGCUCAGGAGUCGCUGGAGUCGGUGGGUCAGGCAAUCGAUGACAUCGGGAGCACUGUGUGGAAAUCGACGGCGGAGAUCAUUUCUCACGGUAGGGACGUAAUCUUAGCUGAUGUUGUCGAAUCUGAUAAUUUGGAUGAUAAUGUCAGUGAUAAUCGUGAGAUUAGUGAUAAUAAGCGAUUGAGUAGCAGUGGUAGUGAUUCGAGAAAGUACAGUAGGUUUGAAGCUCAAGUGCGUGCAAUUCAGAGUAAUAUGAAUACUUAUUUGGAGGAGCCUGAGGAUUUGGAAAGCUUUAGGAGUUGGACAUUAGGGUUUGUUCUGGAUGAGAAAGCAGAGGAGGUUGAGAAUUUGAUGAGGGAAAAUGGAGUGAUUGGUGAGAUUUAUGGGGAAAUUGUGCCUGGUAAGGUUGACAAUGAGAGCUUUUGGGUUAGGUACUUUUAUAGGGUGCAUAAGCUGACGGAAGUUGAGGAGGCGAGAGCUAAGCUUGUGAAUCGAGCAAUUUCCGGGGAGGAAGAGGAUUUGAGUUGGGAUUUUGAUGAUGAUGAAGAUGUGGAGAAGGAAGAGGGUAAUGGUUCGGGUUUGAAGGUUGGCACGAGUGGGGCUGUGGAGUUGGAGAAGCAAAAGCAAGCUUCUUUUGAAGUUGCAAGGGGUGGUGAUAAUGUUGAGAGUGUUGAAAUUGCUGCAAGGGAAUCGGUGAGUGACUGUGGGGAUAAGGCAGAGGCAAAAUUUGACGAGAAUGGAGUGUCAGAGGGGAAGACGGAUGGUGGUGAUUCUUGCAAAGAGAGCGAUGUUUCAAUAGUUUCGAGCCAGCCCUCAAUGCCUGAGGAAGAGGAUCUUGGGUGGGAUGAGAUUGAAGAUAUAGGAAGUGGGGAUGAAAACAAAGGGGAUGCUCCGGGGAGCAGCACUAACAGAGUUGAUUUGCAGAAGCGGCUCAGUGCAGCGGAGGAAGAGGAGGAUUUGAGCUGGGAUAUUGAAGAUGAUGAAGAUGCUGCUAUUAAAUCAUGA